AUGGCGUCCUCCACUAGCAGAUCUCUUGCGCGGGUGAAGAGGGAACUGGUGCCCAUCGAACCCAAGCCGGCGGCCGCUCUGCCGGGCGAGCUUCAAGAUGGACCAAACAAGGAGGAGGAAAAGCCUCAACCCAAACGCUUCAAGGACCUGACGCGUGAGGAGAAGCUGCUGGCCAUCGUGCGCCACAGCGUCCAACCCUUCUCAGACCGCCUGGACCCGUUUGCCGCUUUGCCCGUCAACCUCGACCGCUUCCAGGAGCACCUCAUCAGCUUCUACUUGCUCUACUACCCCAAAGCGACGUAUGGGUUCAGUCCGCGGCUCCGGCCCCACCCGGUGGCCAGCAACUUCUCCAUCGCCUUGACCACUCCGGCCUGUUUUCAGGUCAUCAUGGCGCGAUCGGCUAUGUACCGGGUCUCGCUGAACAAAUAUGCCUCCGACGCGGAGAAAAGGUCGCUUGAGCUGGCCGUGAUGCGGCACAAGGGCGAGGCUCUGAAGAUGGUCCGCCAGCUGAGUUCCCGGGCGAACCCCAAUCGCAAGGAUGACCUCCUCGCGUCCAUCAUCAGCCUGGGGACAUUCGACCGGCGAUCCGGGUCUCAAGAAGCGGCGGGCAUGCAUUACCAGGCGGUCAGAAAGAUCCUGAAGACCACCGGUGGUCCUCUCGCGGUCAACUCGGUGCUCUUGUCGCGUGUCAUGUGUUUCUUUGAAUGCAUCUAUGGGACGAGCCCCGAAAGCUACAUAUGGGACAAUUCGGAUCUCAAGAGGCUGGUACGCAGCCUGAAUGCCUCCCUGGAGAAGCUAUGGGAGUUCUGGCAGUCUCUGUCGAAUAUCAGUGCCCUGACGGCGCCCUCGCCUCGAGAGGCUGACGACGAGGCUGAUGAGAGACGGAUACACUCUUUCGACCUCCACGAGGGUUCGACGUUGCUUGGGCUGGUGUCCAGGCAGCCUCCACCCGGCGCCGAGCUCACGCAGCCACGCCGACUCGAGCUCAUAUUCCAGCUCACCUGCCUGCUGACCCUGGCCAUGAUCACCAUGGACCUGGCCAGCGAUUUCCGGGCGUUACAGACGUACAUGGACAACCUGCAUCAAUCCAUCGAAGACCUCCGGCUCGCGGGGCAAAGCUGCAACAACGCCAUGUGGCAGAUCCAAGUCAACGACCACAGCGAAGCUCACAGCCGGCGGAUAUGGCGGGCAGCGAGUUUUGCCUGGGUGAUGAAGCAUUGUUCGUACAACGUGCAGUUGUCGCUGAAGGAAUGGUUGUUGGCAUUUUUCACCGGCAAGCCCGUCGAGCCACCGUACCACCUGGCCUCAUUCCAUUUCAGCUACGCGAGUUGA